GAGGAUGCAUGCUUGCGUUUCUUUGGUCGAGUUUGAUUCAAUUCCAUUUCCUGCUGUAACAGUUUGCAAUCUUAAUUCUUUCAAGCUUCAUCUUGCACGAACAGUACCUGAAAUUAGUGAUACUGUGGAUGCAUUUCAUCAAGCGGUUACGUACAGCAAAGAUACAGUGCAGCAAAUUGCCUUAGAACGAAAGAAACGAGAUGCUGGCAAACGAUUUAACUCCAGUAAAUAUUUCUUUUUAGGUAGCCGCACUGGUCAAGUUCACGUUGCACCGAUUAAGUCAUCUCAGGAUAAAUCUUCAUUAAAAGUUAUUCGUUAUUGUCUGGCUCAGCCUGAAAGAUUGAAACGAAUGUGGGAAAUCCGUGGUAAGACAAUACCUGAUAAUUCAUCGCCAUAUAGAGCCGAAUUCCUAAAACAAUUUAAAAAAAUGGGUUACGAGAAUAUGACAGAUGAAAUACGAUGCGAUUACGACAAAAACGAAGGAAAGGUGUGUGAUAUUAUGAACGACUUUAAAUUUCAUGUUGAUGCAACUUUCGGCAACUGUCAUACAUUCAAUGUUGAUCGAAAUAAUUCACUGAUCAGCAGUGGCGCUGGACCGACCAAUGGUCUAAGAUUAAUGCUAUUUGUGAACGCAAGCGAUUAUUUGCCCACAACCGAAGCUACUGGUGUUCAUAUAGUUAUUCAUAGUCCAGAAGAACAUCUAUUUCCUGAUACAUUCGGUUAUAGCGCUCCAACUGGCGCCAUUUCUUCAUUUGGUUUAUCAUUGGUCAAGGUUAAUCGACUUCAUUAUCCUUAUGGCGACUGUGUUCCUUCCGAUCUCCCAUUGCCUAACAACUAUAUAUAUAAAAAGUACAAAUAUGAACCAGAGGUUUGUUAUAGAAAUUGUUAUCAAAUGGAAAUAAUCAACAAAUGCUCAUGUGCUGAUCCAAGAUUUCCGCUGCCAAACGAUUCAUUCAGUAUUUGCGAUUGGAAGAACAGUUUUACGAGUAACUGUUCAGAUUGAUU